CAUCCCAUUUGCGCACUGUAUACUCGAUUAUUUCCGUAACUUGAGUGUUUCGAGUUGAGAAUGAAGCCACUGUUGCUUGUCGGACUUCUCCUUGCUACUCUGACAUAUUCAGUGUCCGGUCAAACCAACAGAAGAGUCGAGUGCAAUCCGAAAGACUCUCAGCCGUGUGUUAGCCCAGACGAAUGCUGCAUAUCCAGAACUAACAACAAAAAUGUGACAAAGUCUGUGUGUUAUCCAAUGGGCACUAAAGAAAAAGACUUCUGUCAUCCUGAAGGCAAACAAAAAUGUCCUACAUGCGCGUCCGGUUUAGUUUGCCGUCCAGGAAUAUCCAACAAGCAAGGCUAUCAUUACUGUGUUAAGAACGUACCCGAACAAAAUGUGUCACAAACAACAAAGAAUGGUAAUGAGCAAAAUCAACAUCUGCCACCAAUUCCUCCUCCUCCUCCUCCUCCUCCACCUCCUCCUCUUCCUCCUCGUCUUGCUUCUUCGUUUCUUCCUCCUUUUCCACCAGGCAAUAGAAACCGAUCUCGUGACGUCAACAUACGGCCAACACGACCUAGCGGACCAAGACCGUUUAGUGGCGGAGAAGGCAGACAAAGACCAAGACCUGGAGAGUCUCGGCCUCCUCCUCCCCGUAAUGGAAGGUCACCUAAUGAUAAAAUAUUAAAUCGUCCGUUGGGUUCAAUUGACACUGUAAGCGAACAAGAUUUGGUAAAUCCUCUCGAUUUCAAACGCCCAGGUCGACAUUCGCAAUCUUUAAAGAAACUUCCUCAUCCAAGCGAUCAGAAAAAUUGACCAGCUAGUGAGUAAGAAUUGAGACAUAAACCGCAUUUUGAGACAGACAGUUAGUCAUUCAACUGGAUAAUUGACUGUCGGGUGGUGGUAAUUCGCUAGCAUUUGAUUGCACUUAAGUGCAUACGGAUUACCCUAGUUGAGGAAUAAAAAGUACUGAUUUAAUUGGCUCAAUUUUGCUAAAU